AUGAGUAAUGGAGAUAAAAGUUUGAUGGGUCUUCGAAGAUCCACUGAUGAGUAUAUCCGCGUAGUGAAUAAUUUUCUUGAUAAGGCAUUUAAACAAGCUUCCCAAGGAAAUGAAAUAUUAUGUCCUUGUAAAAAGUGCGCUAAUUGUAAUUGGCAUUAUAGAAAUGUGGUGGAGGAUCACCUGGUUGCUUAUGGAUUUGUUCAAGGAUACACCAAAUGGAUUUUUAAUGGGGAAGGUUUUUCGAGAAAUAAUCCACAUCGAAGCAGUGAUGAUGAAGGUGAUAUGCAUGAUGAUAUUGAUGGACUACUUCAUGAUACUUUUAGAAAUGUUGAGGGUGACUUCAGACAAUAUGAAGGAGUGAGGGAGGAACCCUCUGAAGAUGCAAAGAGAUUUUUUAAAUUAGUAACAAGAGUUAUACCCAGGUGCAUUCAUGGGUUGAGUAAUGUGGCCUUCACAGAUAUUCUAGACUUACUGAAAGAGGUAUUCCCAUUUGCUCAGUUACCCGAGUCUUUCUAUAAGGCGAAAAGUAUGAUAAAAAAUUUGGGUCUUCAUUAUGAAAAAAUACAUGCAUGUCCUAAUGAUUGCAUGUUAUAUUGGAAUGACAACGAGAAGGCAAAGAAUUGUUCUGUGUGUGGAUCUUCGAGAUGGAAGAAUGUUAUUGAUCUCUUGACUAAUGCAAGCUCUAAAGUCCCUGAAAAGGUUUUAAGAUACUUUCCCUUAAAACCUAGGCUUAAGAGGAUAUUCAUGUGUUCUGAAACAGCUGCAGCUAUGAGAUGGCAUGCCACUGAACGACCCAAUGAUGGAAAUUUAAGACAUCCUGUUGAUGGUGAAGCUUGGAAAUAUUUUGAUUCCUUGCAUGAAGACUUCGCUAGAGAUCCUCGUAAUGUUAGAUUGGGUCUUUCAAGUGAUGGUUUCAACCCAUUUCGAACUAUGAGCAUUUCCCAUAGCACGUGGCCUGUUAUGUUAAUGAACUAUAAUUUAUCACCAUGGAUUUGCAUGAAGCCGGAGUAUAUAAUAUUGUCUAGGAUCAUUCCUGGUCCAUCAUCUCCAGGAAAGGACAUAGAUGUGUAUCUACAACCACUAAUUGCUGAAUUGAAGGAACUAUGGGAAAUCGGGAUGGAAACAUAUGAUGCUGAUUCUAACGAAAUAUUUCAAAUGCGUGCAGCCUUAUUGUGGACCGUUAGUGAUUUUCCAGCACUAGCAAUGCAUUCUGGAUGGAGCACCAAGGGGAGAUGGGCAUGCCCAACUUGUAAUCAUGACACAUGUUCUCAAUCUCUCAAACAUAGUCGUAAGAUGUGUUACUUGGGUCAUCGGGCUUUUUUGCCUCCUGAUCAUCCCUCUCGAAGAGAUAAGAAAUCAUUUCAUGGUAAGGAGAAUCAUAGAACAACACCUACUCCAUUAUCGGGUAUAGAAGCUUUCGAAGAGCUGCGUGAAUUCAAUAAUAUGUUUGGAAAGGGCCAAAAGAAGACGCGUCGAGAUAGUGAGGGCCCGUGGAAGAAGAAAUCUAUUUUUUUUAAUUGCCAUAUUGGGAGUAAAUUGCGACACAACCUUGAUGUGAUGCACAUCGAGAAAAAUAUUUGUGACAGUUUACUUGGGACUUUAUUGGAUAUACCUGAAAAAACAAAGGAUCAAGUAAAUUCUCGAUAUGACUUGCAGGAGAUGGGAAUACGGAAGGAGCUUCAACCAAUAAAAGAUAAUAAUGGAAAAGUUUAUUUGGAUAAAGCUUGUUUCUCCAUGAAGACAGAAGAGAAGAAGUUGUUUUGUAGUGUUUUAAAAAAUGUCAAAUUACCAAAAGAAUGUGCCUCAAAUAUAUCACGAUGUGUGCAAGUGGAUGAGAUGAAAAUAUCAGUGUACAAGAGCCAUGAUGCUCAUUUUAUAGUGCAUUACUUGCUCCAGGUUGCCAUCAGAAAAGUGUUGCCCAAGAAUGUUUCUUUGGCCUUAAUUAGGUUGGGGAACUUCUUUAGAGCCAUAUGUGGCAAAGUUAUACGGCGAAGAGAUCUUGAUACAAUGCAGUCUGAAAUCAAUAAAAUUGAAUGUGACCUUGAAAAGAUUUUUCCUCCAACCUUUUUUGAUAUAAUGGUACAUUUUCCCAUCCAUUUAGUAAAUGAGAUAAAGCUUGGUGGUCCAGCGCAUCUUCUUUGGAUGUAUCCCACAGAGAGAAACAUGUGUAAGUAUAAGGUAUUUCUUCGUAAUCGGGCUCAUCCAGAAGCAUCAAUCGCGGAGGGAUUUUUAGCCGAAGAAUGCUUGAACUUUUGUUCGAGAUACCUACACGAUGGGGUAAAAACAAGAUUCAGUAGGUACCAAUAUGAGGAUGAUGAGGGAAUUGAAACAGAGGGAGAUAAUUUGUCACCUAUAUUCCCUAAGAUAGGCCAUCCAAUUGGAACAACCACCGAUAGUUUUGCUAGUGCUAGGGACCAAAAUCCCAUCGAUGGAGAGGUUACCUAUUGUGGAGCUAUUCAGGAUAUUAUUGAGAUUGAUUAUUGGGGUUGUUUUAGUGUUGUAUUAUUUAGAUGUGAUUGGUUUUAUAACGAAAUAGAUGGAUAUGGGUUAACUCUAGUGAAUUUCAAUAGAUUAUGCAAUACCGAUGACCCCUUUGUAUUGGCAUCUCAAGUGCAUCAAGUUUUUUAUGUGGAGGAUCCAAAUGAGGAAAAUAUUUAUUAUGCAAGGACCAAAAUCCUUAUUGAUUUGUAUGAUUUGGAGGAAGAAAAUUGUCCUAAUAUUGGAGAUACAUUUUGGAGUGAGCUCGAUGACGACAUUGGUUCAUCAAAUAGAUUACCCGAUGGUGACGUCGUAUGGUCGACAGAAGAUGUACCUGGUGAUGUUGUUGAUAUGCCAUCUUGUGCACAACAUUCACAAGAUAUGGAAACAUCAGAAGAGGAAGAUGAUUUUGAUGACACUGAUUGGGAUUGGAUGUUACGUGAAGACAAUAUUGCCGUCAUUGAAUUUGUUGGUAUAGCUGAGAAAGAUAUAAGUCAUGAUUCAAGAAUGGACAAGACAAAAGAAAAAAGUGAAAAGCUCAACAUUCGUUCAAGCUGGAACACUUACAUCUUUGGCAUAUCACAAAAGGAAAAAUAUAAUAUUUCUGAUAUUGCGAAAAAUUGGACUCCGGAAGCAAUUCAAGGUGCUUGGAGAAGGUAUAAGAGUCAAUUGAAAAAAGAUCACUUUGAAGCAUAUCAUAAUGACGAAACUCGAAUGGAAAAUAAGCCUGAAAAUAUUCCAGCAUAUCAAUUUAAGGAACUUCUCAAAUAUUGGAACUCUGAUAACCACCAAAAAAUGUCAGCAACUAAUAUUGAGAAUCGGAAAAAGUUAAAGGAUCCACACACUGCUGGCAAAAAAAGCUUUGCUAUAGUCCGCAAUGAUUUGGUAUCUGCUCUUAUUUAUCAUUAA